UAUAUAGAAAACACAUAUCAAAAAUGAAGCAUCUCGCAGCUUACCUUCUCCUCGGCAUUGCCGGAAACUCCUCCCCCUCCGCCAGCGACAUCAGCGCUGUUCUCUCUUCCGUCGGUAUCGAUGCUGACGAUGAUCGCGUUGAGAAGCUCCUUUCUGAGCUUGAAGGCAAGGACAUCCAGGAAUUGAUUACCGAGGGUGCCACCAAGCUCGCCUCCGUCCCAUCUGGCGGUGCCGGCGGUGCUGCCGCUGCUCCUGCCGCUGGUGGUGCUGGUGGUGAGGCUGCUGCUCCUGCUGAGGAGGCCAAGAAGGAGGAGGAAGAGGAAGCCUCUGACGAGGACAUGGGCUUCGGUCUCUUCGACUAAGCGCAUCC